AUGUCCCCUAUACUUAGACAGUCGAAGCUGCUGAUGACAAUGGAUGACAAGAAGAACAGAAAGCGAGGCCCUCGGCAUCGCCGAGGCGUCCUGAUUCUCGUGCUGCUUCUCGUCGGCGUCGCUGCGUUCCUGGGGUUCGCGUUCAGUUCCUCAUCCAAGUAUAGCAGCCGAAGUGGCGUUCAACAAUCUGACGGCGUUAUUGGGCAAGCGGCAUCAGAAGGAGGGAGCGGGUGGAGCUUGCUGGGGCAGGGCAUGCUGGAGGCAGUGGGGAAGGUGCUCAGCUUCGAGGAGCGCCAGAAGGUGUCCGAGGAUCUCAAGGAGUCGGGCGACGACGACCACGAGGCCGAAGCAAUCGUAGCCACAGCCCCCCCAGGCAGUGCAAGAGCCACAGGCGACAUGGCAGCAGCAGCGGCAGCAGCAGCGCUAAAACCCCGUGGAGGGGGCAGCUCUGGCAGCACUGCAGCUGCAGCAGCAGACGACAACCCCCUGAAGAACAAAACCAUGGCGGAGCUCAGCUCGCUGGCCGUGGGUGUGACUGUAGACCGCGUGCCUCUAUCGGGGUUCAUGGGUGUGGAUGGGCGGCUGGGGAUCACGGAUGGCAGCUGCGAGGCUGCGUCUGGAGAGAGGGAUUGCCUGCCGCAUGGCAUCUGCAUCAACGGGAAAUGCCAGUGCACCCUCCCCUACCAAGGUGAUUUCUGCCGCUCUGCACGGCGCCCCUUCGUCCGCAAGAAGUCCACCUACGACGGCCGCUUUGUGCUGAGCGUGAGGCACGUGCGCAAGGCACACGGGGUCAAGUACCCUCUCACGCCCUCCCCUGGCUCCUACGCUGCCACCAACGCUGCUGCUGCUGCUGGCGCGGAGGGAGGUGCGGAGGAGGAGAAGGAGAAGGAGGGCGAGGGCGCGGCGUUUUUCGAGGCGCCGUUUUUCACUGCGGGGAAGGUCAACCGCGUUGUGUGGGGCAACCUUCAGAAGGGCAAGCUGAUGGAGCUGGAGCCAAUGGUUUCCCAGGCGCUUCUGGAGCACCUGCCAGGCAGCGACCUGCUGCAGAACGCUCUGUUCAACUCCUGUGCCAUCGUGGGCAACUCGGGCUUUAACCUGCUCUUCAGGGAUGGGCAUCUGAUUGACAGCCACGACGCUGUUUUCCGAUUGUUUGAUGGUCCCACUGUGGCGCGUAGCGGAGAGGGCGCAGCAGCAGUGGCGGUGGAUUUCACGGCGUUUGUGGGGAAAAGGGCCACCAUGCGAGUGGUGGAUGAGGACACAAUCGGGUUCAGCGAGGGAGGCGAGAUCACCCUCAUGAACGUCGCCUCUAAGAAGGGCUUCUACGGUCAUUUCCAGUUCCUGAACGAGCAACCAGACGCCAAGUCGUUUCUCUUUGACCCUGAGUUCUCAACGCACGUGACUGACAACAUCGGCCCCAUGCCCUCCCCCCUCGCCAUGACGCUCUUCCUCGCACUCCAGAAAUGUGCAUCUCUGGACGUGUUUGGGGUGCACUGGCGGCCAGGAUACGGAGUGCCAGAGCUGUACUAUAGAGAGACAGACUCUGACGCGGAUGUGGUGUACCAGCAGCCAGCAGACCUGCAGCUAGUGGAGACCCUGGCUCGCCUGAACCUGGUGGGGCUGGGCCAGCCAUGUGUGAUUGGCUGUGAGGCCGAGACGCGCAUUCGCUGCGACUCGUGCUCUGCUGGCAGCUCCUGUGCCUGCGGCCGCCACAACCCGCUGCCCGUCGCGCUGCCCGGGUUCUGCCACCUGCCCGGAAACUACACGUGCUUCUUCCGAUGCAACGGAAAGUGGGGCAACGCGUGCCAGGGUGGCCCUGGCAGCAGCCUCUGCCCUGACGACUUUGACAUCACCGGGCGGGAGUGUGCCACGCCGGCAGAUACACCUCCCCCAGAAGAGGCCCCGUGGUGGGCGCGGCGCGGAUCAAUGCGCGAGUUUGACUCCAAGUUUGAGCGUCGCCCGAUAGAAUCGAUGAAAUCGUCCACGUCGCGCGACGCGCUCUCGUCGCACGGGUCGUCGCCACCGUCGCGCGUCUCCAGCCUGGGAUCGCUCGUGUCGCACGGAUGGGCCAUUCUUAGUCUUAAGCGAAGCAACUCUUAUAACGAACGCUUCACUGGCAGCGGCGCACCUGAUUGGUUCGGCUCCGACUGGCUUCGUUUUAGUCUCGUUGCGAUUAACGCGUGCCUCGUUAUCCUCGUUAUAAGCGAACUCUCACCGUUUUGCGCACGCCCCUGGGGAGGCGGCGGAGAGGGGAAGCUCCCCCAAGCCGCGUCCGCGGAGGAUUCGGGGAAACUUGCGCAGAUGCGGGGGCUGCGGCAGGCUCUCCCGCUCUUGGGACUCGACAGCAGCGCGCUCUUGCAGCCAGGAGAUUCAGGUGCCUCAGGUGGCUCAGGUGGUAUUUCAGGUGGCACAACAACAGAAGAGCACGUGUGCUGGACAUCAUCAGGAGACUACGAGGCCCCAUCAGGGGUGGUGAUUCACGGCCGCGGCUGCUCUGAGUGCCUGCGGGGGCAGCGCUGCGCCUUCCUCGUCUCCAUCCGUCCGCCCGCCCACUGGAUAGCGCUGGAGCAAGCAGACAAGGGCAGCAGCAGCAAGCACACGUGGUGGCAGCGGGACCUCUCUUUGCUCCUCCGCGGCCCAGCGCUCGCCCACGGAGACAUACGGCGCCUCAAAACGACUUUUGAGGCGACUUUUGAGGCGACUUUUGAGGCGACUUUUGAGGCGACUUUUGAGGCGACUUUUGAGGCGACUUUUGAGGCGACUUUUGAGGCGACUUUUGAGGCGACUUUUGAGGCGACUUUUGAGGCGACUUUUGAGGCGACUUUUGAGGCGACUUUUGAGGCGACUUUUGAGGCGACUUUUGAGGCGACUUUUGAGGCGACUUUUGAGGCGACUUUUGAGGCGACUUUUGAGGCGACUUUUGAGGCGCCUCAAAACUGGUAA